ACACAAUUAUGGUUAACUAUUUGACGCAGUUUACUAUUUAUAAUUAAUUGAUCGAUUCUACAUUAUCCCAGAUUAUACGCUGCAAUUGCUAGAGAAAUACAAUGAGGAGACUGUUUCCAAUCAACAAGGACUUUGGGAAAAAAAUCAAGAAAUGCUUCAAUCGAUUUUUAUGCAGUAUUGAAAAGCAGUCCCCAGAAAUGAAACUACGCCAUCGCGUUUGGGAACUAGCUAUAUCCAGUCCUCACUUUAAGUAAAAAAUUUUAGAAGUUGCCCAAAAACAGAUUUCUGUUGCUGCAGAAUGAGGAAAUAUCGAGUUUUUGAAAGUACUUAAAAUCUUUGACUGAAACUAUUUCAUUGGAUCCAUAUUUCGUAAAAUUUAUAUAAUUGUAGGAAGUGAAAAGCUUAUGAAUCCAUUGGAUGUUGAAACUGAAAAGAAAGAUGGGAAAACUCCUAGAGCUUUAUUUAGUCAGGAACACCAGAAAUUAAAGGAUGAUGGAGAGAAGUGGAUGAAGGACACGGCAAACUAUUGCAUGGUUGUGGCAGCACUUAUUACCACUAUGGUUUUUGCUGCAGCUUUGGCUGUACCAGGUGGCACCAGUGACGAGACAGGGACUCCUCAUUUCCUUAAAAAAAGUUCUUUCAAAAUUUUUAUUGUAUCAGAUGCGGUUUCACUGGUAUUAUCCACUUGCUCCAUAUUAACCUUAUCCAUUCUCACUUCUCACUACGCAGAAGAAGAUUUUCUUAAGCCGUUGCCAAGAAAGUUGCUUGUUGGACUUGGAACACUUUUGUUAUCAAUAGCAGCAAUGAUGGUAGCGUUUUGUGCGGCUGUUUUUAUUCUCUUCAAAGAUGGAGUGGUAUGGAUUCCCAUUCUUGUUGCUGCAAUUGGUUCUUUGCCAGUCAUCUUCUUCAUUAUACAAGUGUAUCUCUUUAUUGAUGUGUUGCGUUCAACCUGUAUACCUAGCUCUAUCUUCAAGCCAGGGGAGGGUACUCUUUUCUCCGAAAAAGGGAAGGCAAUGAAGUCUCAGAAGAGGAGAUAACUCAGUGUCUUCAACAAAUAAUGCUGUAGUUUGGGUGUAUGCUUUUAAGACUUACAUAGUUUGGGUGUAAAUAAAUAAAAGGGACGAGCAAUGUCUGGUAUUUGAAUUGCAGUUGAGGGCAAUGAAUAAUGUCACAAUUCUAAAAUUUAUUGUAUUAUAACUUUUUGUAUGAUAAAUAAGGGGUAAUUCUUAUUUUUA